GCUGUCACUUGUCUUUUUGAAAAAUGUUUUCUGCAUGAACGUCGGGCAGUGCACUCACUGCACAGUUAGCCCAAACUGCGGUGGAAACGAACCUAGACGGGACAUAGCAUGUACUACACAUAUUGAAACAAAUUCAGGGGUCAUUUUGUGGCCGAUUCUGAGAUGACGUCCCAGUAGCGAUGCCCGUGUGACCGUCUGCUCUAGACUGACCUCAGCAUGGCUGCAGCGAAGAAGAGCUCGGCAGCGAAGGCGGGCGGGGUGCGCUUCUCCGAGGAGGCGCCCGGCGCCCACUCCCACGUCCACUUCGAAGACAAGCUGCACGACUCCGUCGUCAUGGUGAUUCCAGAAAAGGACGGGAACUUCCUGGUCAAGGUCGGCUUCCUGAAGAUCCAGCACAAGUACGAGAUCAUCUUCACCCUCCCCGAGACGGCAGCGCUGGGGAACGACGUGUGCCCUGCCCCCGUGCCAAACCCCCACCUCCGCGUCACCGACGUCAAACUGGCGCCCGAGGGUGGUGUGCAGGUGACCUGCGAGUACAUGGCCCACCAGGAGGGGGUGCUGCAGGAGGAGCUGAUGCUGGUGAGCGAGAGCAAAGAGGACGCCUGCCUGAGAGUGCGGGUGCACGCCCGAGUCAUGGAUCGGCACCAUGGGACGCCCAUGCUGCUGGAGGGAGUGCGCUGUGUGGGGGCGGAGCUGGAGUACGACUCGGAGCACAGCGAUUGGCAGGGGUUCGACUAGCCCCGCCCACAGCGCCCGCAGCGCCCAGAGCGGCCUCUCUCUCGCACGGGAACACGCCGCACACGCAUGUACAUCCCGCCUCACGCUCCCACGCUCCCCCGACACCGCGCUUAUGAACCGGCACUCCACAAACACCGCCGCGCUCCCACACAUCACCAGAAGAGCACUGACUUAUUCCUUCUUCGCCUUCGCUGCUUGCACAAGUCCGGUCAGGAACCGAGAAGGCGGCGGUCGAGAAGGCUUCCGGUGUUACCUUUUUGCGAGCGAAUGCGCUACAAUGAAAGUAAAAAAUGACUUGUUCUCGUUUUGAUUUAUUUUGAUUUCUUUUUCUUUUUUACAUCUGCUUUCACCUUAAAUUUUGUGUGUGUUUAGUUCUGUCCGUUGUGUUAAUUCACCAGCCCCCGUUUCCGGCUGACCGCCAGGUGGCACCUGAGCUCAGUCAGUGAGGUGAGGGAGCCGUGCUCCUACCUCGCCUCACCGACACACCGACCUGCAGUUCCCUUAACUGCCAGCAGGUGAACUCAGGCCGUGAUAGCCCACCCCCUCCCCACCCCUUUCCUUUCACAUUGUCUGCCCAUCUUCUCUUCUUUGCCCAUAGUGUCUCAGUCAAUCAGAAAUAUUGUGUUAGAAGUGGUGAGCUUGGUUAAGACAAAAACAAAAUUCUGUGUGUGCUGAUUUGUUUUGCUGUUUGUGUGUGUGUGUGUGGUGCGUAGCUGUGUCCCGUCACACAGGAAACGUGCUUUGCAAAGUGCCUGUUCCAUCCACCAGAGUUCUCCACCGGUAGUCCCAACGCACCCUGCCCUGGCGGGGCGUGAUUCUGUCUUCCCCAAACGGCUCUGAGCAAUCUUUGUCAUUAUUAUUAUUAUGUUUUAAAAGCUUGGCAAAGCAAGCUCUUACAAACUCUCUCCGGUUGAGUCUCAUUGAGCUUGGCAGGCGGAGUAGUUUAGAGAUCUCAAGGACAGCCGUGUUACCCACGCACACGCGGCGGUGUCAAAUGCACUUUUGUAAGUCGCUUUGCCUAAAAGCAUCUGCCAAAUUACUACAUCGUAAAUUGUUUCCACUGGCAAAAAUCACCACUUUAAAAGCAGGAAAUUUCGCCCUCUCUUCCUCCAACAGGCAGCGGGUCUGUAUCUUGUGAUACUGUCGUAAUUUUUCUUUUUUUUUCUUUCUGAGUGCUGCGGUUUUAAAAACUGGGGGUAAUCCAGUGCCAUUGUUUGAAAGAUUUAUAGAAAUGAAUUACAGAAAAUUCUGGAAAAUACAGAUGGCUGGCGGCACUAAUGGUGUUGCUACUGCUGUCCAUUUUGGAAAUCAAAGAGGAAAUUUAAGAGAUAUUAAAUCACAACAUUGGCUGUGUGAGACCUCCCUGUCAGCAAAGGGCUCAGUACUGCAAUUCAGCCCCUUUUCUUUCUUUAAUUUGUUGUUUUAUGUACUUGCCUAAAUAUGAACAGUGUGCUGAAAUCUCCUGUGAAAGAGUGAUGACCCCAGGUUUCCAGGGAACGGCUCCACGGCCAUUCCUCUCUGCAAGCACUGAACGUUUCCUAGCCUUAAACGGAGAAGAAAUGUCCCUUCUUUUAGGGGUGUAAAUAUUUGUUUCGUUUUCGAUGAGUUUCAGUGUUUACGUGUCGUGAAUACACUGCUGAUUCUGCGUUUCUGAUUGGCCUGCCCUUUGGAUGAUGGACGGAGAGAUCAAAUCGCUCUGAUCAGUGUCGUACGGGCGGUGGGGCAUUGACUGACCUGCUGUGGCUGCCCCAGGCCCAGGGAGACCUGUACUGUGAACGGGGGCUCUCUUUAUUGGCCGUGCUGUUGGUGGGAGAGGAGCACCGUAGACCAUUAUGUAAUUGUGUCCCUCUGUCUGAAAAUCUGUCUGAAAAGUGCUGUUGGUUCUGUCUGUUGUACGCCGUUACACUCCUGUUUCCAUGCCCGCUUUUUAAAAUAAAAAUGUUCAAAAAUAAA